UAAAUUUACCCAGCCAAAUAGAUUUACUCACGCUGGCGGAGUUCUUACAGUGCUCCAGUCUCCGGUGACCCUUGGAAAAACUCAUCACGGCCAGCAGGUGAUUCCAGCAUCAAAUUUGCUUAUUCGGCCGGCGCCGGCGGAGUCAAAGUCGACAGGUUUUUCAGUCCUCGUGCUUACGGAAUGAAAUACGAACAUACGAUCCGAAGGGCCCCUCGCUUCCGGCGACCACCACAACUGCCAAGACAUGGCAACACCGUGCCGCGCAUGCGCUUACCUCCUCCCCCUCCUGCUUGUGCUGCCCGGCUGUCUCCUGCACCAGGGCGCGGCCGCGCAGUCCCGACGACCGGCGGGCGAGGCGGAGCUGCUCCUCCAGAUCAAGCGCGAGUGGGGUGACCCGCCCGUGCUCGCGGCAUGGAACGCCACCUCCGCCUCGGCCGCGGGCGCGCACUGCCGCUGGCCGUACGUGGGCUGCGACUCGGCCGGGCGCGUCACGAGCCUCGCCCUCGCCGGUACCAACGUCACCGGCCCCGUCCCGGACGCCGUCGGCAGCCUCUCCAGCCUCACACACCUCGACGUCUCCGACAACUACAUCGCCGGCGCGUUCCCGACGACGCUCUACCGCUGCCGCUCGCUCCGGUACCUCAACCUCUCCUACAACUACAUCGGAGGGCGACUCCCUGAUGACAUCGGCCGCGGCCUUGGACCCAACCUGAGAACGCUUGACCUCGGCGACAACGAGUUCACAGGCAGCGUCCCGGUGUCCCUGUCCAUGCUCCGGAACCUCCGGUAUCUCGUGCUGGCCGUCAACCGCUUCGCCGGUGCUAUUCCGGUGGAGCUCGGCGAGCUGACGAGCCUCAAGGCGUUGUUUCUGUCGGACAACCUGUUCGACGCAGGCAAGCUGCCGGCGUCGUUCAAGAAUCUGACCAACCUAGUCACGCUCUGGGCGGAUAAAUGUAACCUUAUCGGCGACAUCCCAAGCUACCUGGUGAAGAUGCCGGAGCUGAAGCAUCUGUACCUCCACUACAACGCGUUGACCGGAACCAUACCUCCAUGGAUUUGGAGCCUCAAGAAGCUGCGGGCAUUGGUCGUCUCCGGCAACGACCUCAGCGGCGGCGUGGUGGUUGAUGGCUUUGCUGCGAUGAGCUUGACCAAAAUCGCCAUCUCGGAGAACAUCCUUAGCGGCGUCAUCCCGGAAGUCUUCGGGCGCCUGGAAAACCUCACGGAGUUGCUCCUUUCUGGGAAUAACUUCUCCGGCGAGAUACCUGCGAGCAUCAGCCGGUUGCCAUCGCUGGAGGUGUUGGAUUUGCACGGUAACAAGCUUACGGGCUUGCUCCCGCCGGAGCUCGGGAAACACUCGCCGGGCUUAUCCGAUGUCGCGGUUGAGGACAAUGAGCUCAGUGGUGCGAUCCCGGAGGAGCUGUGCGCCGGCGGCCGGCUCCAGGGGUUCUCCGCCUCGAACAACCGCCUGAGCGGUUCCAUCCCGGUAGGCCUCGCCCAUUGUGCUGCUCUUCAAUAUCUGUACCUAGACAGUAACCAGCUCUCCGGUGAGGUGCCAGAGGAUUUGUGGACCGUCGGGGGGCAGCUCGCGGAGGUGAUCCUAGAGAAAAACCGGCUUACGGGGAGUCUCCCCGCCACGAUGCCUAGCAAGCUUACGAAGCUAUACAUAGGGAAGAACCGGUUUGUCGGCAGAAUACCAGCGAUAGCUGUCGCACUUGAGGACUUCAGUGCUGAGAACAACCAGUUUUCUGGUGAGAUACCAGCCAAUCUGGCCGACGGCAUGCCGCUGCUGCAGACGCUGAACCUGGCCAAUAACAAACUCUUCGGCAGGAUCAGUUAAGCUACUCUGCAGCUGCAGGGGAACUGAACCAGCUGGCCAGUGACCAGACUCUCCGGCAGGACCCGUUGUUUGUUGAUUGAUAGCUCGUGAUGCUUUCAGUGUUGUGCCUCGUAAACAAAAAGAUUAGCAUGGAUACCUGAAGCCAAGUUUAGGGAUUUUAGAUCUACACUUUUGAGUGUAAAUGGACACCUGAGACUAGGCUCUGACAGUCGAUCCUCUCUUUGAAUUUGUGUUGGACAAUCAAUUCAUCACGAAUACAAGUGAAUGGUACCACAAAUUGACAAACCCGUUCAUCUCUAGUUCAGAAAGAAAGGACCGGAACGUAGAGAGCACAAGAUGCAGGGAUACCUCGAUAGCAAUUGCAAUGGCCGACGAGCCAAGUGGCUGAUCCGCUGCUGAGAGCAAGAUGCUGGUGUGCCGUGAGCGAGAUGCAGCUGUGGCAGAGUUGGGCCGCAGAUGCAACCAACCAUAUGGGCCGCUCAAACAAAUUCUGCGAUUAUAUAUAUAUUUAUAUACGCCCAACCAUUAACAGCUACUAUGA